AUGGCCGGUGACACAAAUUCAAUGAGAGACAUGGUCUACAGCAGCUUCCACAAAGGUGAAGACACAAUACGGUACUCCUUUAUUAGCCAUCUCUCUGCCUCUCUUCGCCGGAAAGGCCUGAUGGUUUCGUCUUCUUCGUUUGAUGAUAACUCCUCCAAAGAGACUAACAUAGAGAAACACAACUUCAAGGCCUUUGUGGUGGUUAUCUCCGAGAAGUAUGUGUUAUCUGCAGAAUGCCUGGAUGAGCUUGCGGAGAUUGAUGAUUGCCAACGGAAUAACCAAAACGUGGUGGUCCCGGUGUUUUACUGCAUAACUCAACCAGAAGUUGUUCAUAAAUCGCGGUUGAACAUAUUGAGAGAUACAUUUCCGCAUGAGAUUUACUCACCCGAGCGAUUAGCCCGAUGGGUUAGCGCUUUGAAGAAAAUGACCGACUCGUAUAAUUAUAAACCAAGGUAA